UUUUUUUUUUCUUUUCCUUAUUCUUCUUCUUUAAAGAAGAGAACAGUAAUAAUAAUAAAAAAAUGACUUGUACGACAAAAGCACCAAAACAUUGUUAUAGACAUAACCCAGAAUUAAUGAAAAUAAAGAAUAAAGAUGAAUUUGAUAUUGAACAAUUACAAGAGGAAUUAGCUUUUGUACCUGAAAAAAAUCAAUCUCAAAUUGCUUUAGUCUGGAAUAUCUUUCAACAAUCUUCAAAAGAAGAAAGACUUUUGAUUCUAAAAGGAAUUUUAGCCUCCGCAUGUACACCUCAAUUAUCGUUUAUCGCAAAUACAGUGAAACCUCUAUUAUGUAUCGAUUUUACUACCAUUUUCCCUACAGAAAUUACAAAGCAGAUUUUUUCAUUAUUAGACGCUACUUCUCUUUGCUCUGCAGCUCAAGUGAGUAAACAUUGGAAAUCAUUGGCAGAUGAUGAUACUCUAUGGCAUCGUAUGUGUGAGCAGCAUAUUAAUCGAAAAUGUACAAAAUGUGGUUGGGGACUUCCUUUACUUCAAAAACGUAAAGUGGUCUUCAUGGAUCAUCGUCUUGAUAACACAAGGAAGCGAUCUCAUUCAUCAAAUACAGCUUGUGAUAAUCAAGAUCAAAAACGCUUUUGUCCUGAUACGAGUUAUCGUAAAUCUUGGAAAGAUAUCUAUAGUGAACGUUUAAUUAUUGAACGUAACUGGAGAAACAAUUAUACAACGAAGCGAGUCCUUAAAAGAGUUCAUCAGGGAGGCAUUAGUUGUCUUCAAUUUUGUGAGUCUCAAAAUAUCUUAAUUACUGGUUCUUAUGAUAAAACAGCAAUUGUCUGGAAUCUUGAAACAGGACAAGUUCUGCGUGUCUUGAAGGGACAUGCAAGAUGUAUCCGUACUUUACAAGCGGAUGAUACCAAGUUAGUUACAGGUUCAAUGGAUAAUACAUUACGUAUUUGGAAUUAUCAUACAGGCCAAUGUAUUCGUAUUCUGGAGGGUCAUACAGAUGGUGUUGUCCAUUUGAAUUUCAAUUGUCGUAUCUUAGCUAGUGGCUCUGCUGAUGCAACCAUUAAAAUCUGGAACUUUCAAACAGGAGAAUGCUUUACUUUAGCUGGUCAUACAAAGAGUGUAAAUCAUGUUAGUAUUCAUAAAAUGAGUCCUCUUCUGGUCUCUAGCUCUGACGAUCACACAAUUCGCAUUUGGGACCUUGAAAAACGUGCCUGCGUAAGGAUUUUGAAGGGCCAUAUGGCUCCUGUUCAGACGGCUAUACCCUCUAUGCCUGGUUUCCUUCAUUGCUUUAUUAAAAAUAGUCAACUGAAAUCAUCAAAGAAAGGAAGACGAUCGAAUAAUAGCAACAGUAGUAGCAGCAGUGAUGAAGAUGAAGAUAACAGUAAUAUGAACAAAUUAAAUAUAGUGUCUGCAUCAACGACUACUACUACUAAUAAUAAUAAGACUCGCUAUUAUUCGUCGAACAAAACGAAUGAUGAUUGUAUUCGUUCUUCUGAACAAGUCGUCAUAUCAGGCUCCUUAGAUCAUACUAUCAAGAUUUGGUCUCUUGAAAGUGGUGAAUGUCUUCAGACGUUAUUUGGUCAUGUUCAAGGCAUUUGGUCAUUAGCCUAUGAUAAACUUCGUAUGGUUUCUGGUUCACAUGAUGGUACACUUAAACUUUGGGAUAUUGAAAGCGGUUUACCAAUGUAUUGUCUUGAAGGACAUAACUCAGCUGUUACAGCGGUUGCUCUAAGUGAUACUAAAAUUGUAAGUGCAGAUGAUGAAGGUAAUGUCCAUGUAUGGGACUUUGGUAUGUAAACUUAUUGAUACAAUAUACAUGUAAAUAUUCCCCUCCCCUUUAUAUAAAUACAUAUCUAAAUAUAUGUGCAUAUAUGUAUAGAAAUACAUAUAUAUAUAUAUAUAUAUAUCAUAAACUCUUCCUGUUUGUAUAUAUCUAAUAAAAUAAAUACAAAUCAUAGUAGUAUGAUUUUAUUAAAGUG